UUCUCAGAGGCCCAUUAUGCAGUAACAAAGAAUUCCAGAAGUGAGCUGCAGGUUCUGUCCUUGCCUGCUUUCCUGAGUGGAAGGCUGCCCUCAUCCCUUGUCCUGAUGGAUCAGGACAAGCAUUGCCCAGGCCUGCAAGCUUGCCAAGCACUAGGAAACCAAGCAAGAACUCAUCAUGCCAAUAAAACCUGUUGGGUGGAUAUGCGGGCAGGUGUUGAAGAACUUUUCGGGAAGAAUUGAGGGGAUCCAGAAGGCAAUCGUGGACUUUAUAGAUGAAUUUAAAGAUGAAUUCCCCACCAUCCUAAGAUUAUCACAGUCUAAUCAGACAAGAGAACCCAUGCAAAAAACAUCCAAAAUCAGAAUGGCUGUCGCUUUAGCCAAGAUCAACCGAGGAACAUUCCUUCAAGGAUUAAACAGCAUCUCCAGAUCCUCCAAAUCAGUGGCCAGACUUCUGCAGCCUCAGCUUGCUUGCAGACUUUUAGAGUUAAGGGACAUAUCUCAUCGCCUGCUGAGGCAAGUUAAUGCCCCAAAGCAACCCCUCUAUAACAUGCAGGUCAGAAAGGGUUCUUUGUUUGAAAUCAUUUCCUUUCCAGCGAAGACUGCUUUAACUAGCCUAAUAUAUGCUUCAUAUGCAGUACUAAUUUAUUUGGCAGUCUGUGUUAAUGCUGUGCUGGAGAAGGUAAAGAAAAUUUUCCAAGAAGAAGAAUCCAUAAGGCAAAACAGAGAGGAGAGUGAAAAUCUUAGAAAUGCCUUUUCUGAACCUGUGCUUUCUGAGCCUGUGUUUCCUGAAGGUGAAAUCAAAGCAAAACCUUACAGGUCUUUACCGGAGAAGCCAGACAAUAUUUCAGAUCGCCCCAAACUCCCUGCUAAUAAGUUGAGUAAUAAGAUCCAGGUUUUACAUUCUGUGUUUGACCAAUCAACUGAAAUGAAUCAGUAAGCAAAUGUGAACAUAAAUAUCACUGAACAGAGCUUAAGAGUUAUCUAUCCAAUGACCGUUCAUCUGACAAAAUUAGGAAACUAAUUUUCAUACACUGUUCUGCUUUAAAAAAAAGAGGGGGGGAUACUAAACGUCAUUCUCUAGUAUUUAUAUGGUAGAGAAAAUAAAACGAAUCUUGAUGUAUGACUAUAUGAAUAUGAUGUAUGACUAUAGAAUAUAUGUAUAUGAUAUUUUUUAAUGAACAAGAAAAUGUACCCUUUGGUGGGUUAGACUUUAUGCUGUCGUUUAUAAUAUGGGUGUAUUUACAAUACAUUUAUGUUUUUAUUUAAGACUUGUUUCAAGUAUCUUUCUACUUAUGUAUCUGGGAGGGAAAAAACCCUUCCUAUCAAAACGCUACGUAUCUUUUUCAGAGAUAAUAAAAGGAUAUUUAUUUUCUAUCUACAGGCUGCAUAGUUUGAGUCUGCCUAUUAUCAAUUAUUUAACAACUCAUCUGUAAAGUUAUGAAGGACUUUUAAUUCAUUGAUGUCAUAAAUUUAUAAAACAAAAUAUUCACAAACUGAUGGGAAGAUUUCUGUAUAUGAGGACAGGACAUGACAUAACAUUUUUUAUUUCCACAUUUAGAGGAACAAAUUUAGAACCAGAAAUCAUGUCCCUAUUACUCAUUUUUGCCAUUGAAUCCUGAGAGAAAAGGCUUCUGUAAUUGGCCCUGCAAACCAGGGCCAUGGUUUUGCCCACAGGAGGUACUUUGGUUUCUUCCAUGCAUUUUAAAUUCUGGAUGUGUGUUAAGACCUGAUUGGUCAUUGGAGGAUUAGCACCUGAUAUAAUAGCCUGGGAUGUACCCAUCCUAGAGAUGUGCAUUUCCUGUACCUGGUGAGUAGCUGCUGCCAAAAACAGUAUUUAUAAAAAAAAGCCCAACCCUGGCUCUUUAGUAGUAGUCUGAGAAAUGAGUAACAAGUGUUGUAUUACCUCACGCUACCAUAUUCUAACAGAAAAAGAAGUGCAAUAAUAUGUAGCAAAGGGCUCUAUAAGCAGAGCCUUAAUGACACAUACUUUAUUCACUUAUUUUUAUAAUAAACAAGGGAAAGAGUCCAGGUAGACCCCUUAGAGUGUUAAGUUUUAGGUUUGGAGCCUUAAUUCAAUCCUAUGCCACUAACAAGUUUACUGUGCUUUGAGACUGGCUUCCAAUCUUGACAAACGCUUUUCUCACUCUGAAUUCAUAAUCUACUCAUCCUAGUUCUUUCUGGCCCACCUACACUUGUAUUCUACUAUGUGCUGCUGAGUUUUGGAUGAUCAGCACCCAGGGUGUUACAGUACAGGGUGGGCACAGGC